GGUGCAGCCCCAAUCAAUGUGUAUGAGUACGAAUAUGAGCGCACCAUUGUCGCUCUCAUCCCAUUUCCACAUUAGAAUUCUCCCCUCGUGUCUGUCCAUUCCUUCUCGCCUUCGUCCAGCGGCCCUGCGACUGCUGCGAUCAACUCCUACCGGCCUCUCACUAUCUCUACACAACUCCGAGCGAAGGUCUUCCCUGCGAACCCUCACAAUCGCAGCUUCCGGUUCUACUCCCUCGCCGGCGCCGAAGAUGGUGAAGGCCAUCAGGGUCUAUGAGCUUGGCGGCCCCGAGGUUUUGAAGUGGGAGGACGUGGAGGUCGGCGAGCCCAAGGAGGGCGAGAUUAGGGUCAGGAACAAGGCCAUCGGCGUCAACUUUAUCGAUGUCUACCACCGCAAGGGAGUGUACGCUAAAGAAACGCCCUUCACUCCUGGAAUGGAAGCUGUUGGAGUAGUGACUGCUGUGGGCCCUGGUCUGACUGAUAGACAAGUAGGGGAUGUUGUUGCUUAUGCUGGUAAUCCAAUGGGUUCCUAUUCCGAAGAACAAGUUCUUCCUGCAAGUGUUGUGGUUCCCGUUCCACCCUCCAUUGAUCAUAAGAUAGCAGCAUCCAUUAUGCUUAAGGGAAUGACUGCAUAUGUUUUACUCCGCCGAUGCUACAAGGUUGAAGCUGGCCACACUGUUCUCAUUCAUGCUGCUGCAGGUGGGGUAGGCUCAUUACUUUGUCAGUGGGCAAAUGCACUUGGUGCCACGGUCAUUGGAACUGUUUCAACCGAAGAGAAAGCAGCCCAGGCAGCAGAAGAUGGAUGCCACCAUGUCAUAGUAUACACGAAGGAGGACUUUGUAGCCAGAGUAAAUGAAGUAACAUCAGGCAAUGGAGUCAAUGUUGUCUAUGAUUCUGUUGGAAAAGAUACAUUUCAGGGAUCUUUGUCAUGCUUGAGGUCCCAAGGUUUCAUGGUCAGCUUCGGGCAGUCAUCUGGAAGGCCAGAUGCGGUUCCACUGAGCGACCUUGCUUCCAAAUCCCUGUUCCUAACUAGGCCUAGUCUAAUGCACUACACUGCAACUCGUGAUGAACUGCUUGCUGCUGCAGGAGAGGUCUUUGCUAAUGUUGCUGCAGGGAUCCUGCGAGGGCGUGUGAACCAUAUCUAUCCACUAUCCGAUGCAGCUCGGGCACAUGCCGACCUGGAGGCAAGAAAGACUUCUGGUUCUAUUGUGCUUAUUAUACCAUAGAUGUGAUGCGGUCUGGUCUUGAACACUGGUGAAUAAUUAUGUUGAUCAUCCUGGAGAUUGUCAGAGGGUGUCAUGAGGUCAGAACCUGCUUACCAAACUAUGUUUUCUCACUUGCUUUGGGUGUUGUAAUAGUUUACAAAUGAAAAUUUGACUGGUUAAUAUGA